UAAGACACGCACAUACACACAUGGGAACACAAGAAUCUGUCUUCUUCUCUGUUACAUUAUUUAUAAUCACUUUGGAAGAAGUAUCUUUCUUUAGCAGAGCAGAAGAAGAAGAAGAACACGCAUGGCUCUGUCUUCUAGCUUCUCAGUUUCUGUGUUUCUCUUGAUCGUUGUGUCGGUCCAAUGGACUAUGGUUUGCAGUGAACCCACAAUCUUAUCUUCUCCUGCUGUCUUACCGUAUAGCAAUGCACCGGAUAUGUCUUCGUUUUUCCCUUCCCCGACCAAAGACCGGACAUUUGAUACUGCUGCAUCUCCUGCUCCAGAAACAGAGGCCCCUGGUCCUAGCUCAGGCCAGUUUAAUGGAAAGGUUGCAGGUAUCUCCAUGCGGCUUCGUCCUGAUCUCCCUUUGGUUCUUGUCAUUUUUGGCAUCUGUAGCUUUCUAUCUGUAUGUUAUUGAUGUUGUAAUCUUUGUGUUUCGCUUUUAGAGUGUCAUAUUUCCUCCUCUGAGCCUCUUUUUGUUCUUAAAUCUCACGAACUUCAACAUGUACUGUUACACUUGUGUGUAUUUAUUUCUAUAAGAAAAUACAGUUAAGCAGUAUAA